UAAUAAUUAGUAGAGCAGAAAUAUAUUAAUUUGAUUUUUUGGGAAGCAAGUAAUUUAGAGAGUGGUUGAAUAAAAGAAGAUGCACAAAAAUGAUGGUAAUAUUAAUGAGUUCCAAGUAAUAUUGUUAAAGAUGUAUGAGUUGAGUCUUACAGAAUAAUACUAAUAAUAUAAAGGAAAGGAAAGGAAAGGAAAGGAAAUGACCUGACCUUGCGGUGCUACUUACAAGGGAAAAUACAAGAUCACACCGCCCCCUACCAAGACGCGCUUCUUAGCUGUAAUCAUUGACUCUCUCUAUUUGGCUUUCACAUUUUUAAGAGUUUCCUCCUCCUUCUCCCUCAUUCAAAAUAUGCUCCUUUAUAUUGCUGACUCACACAUUUCUCUUUUAUUCGGAAUUUCUUAUAUUAAUUAAUUUUUUUAUCUUCAGGGAAUAUUGAAAUUUUAACUUGUAAUUGUUUAAUGCAUCCUUGACCUCCAUUAUUUAUUCAUUAUUUUUUUUAUAUGUGGAACCAUGGCCACGCAUUUUAAACACAUGUAUAUAGUCAUUGAUUGAGAUGCAAAUACAACCAAAUCAAAUACUUGAGAAAGAAAAUGAGUUCAAUCGUAAGAAAGCUAUGGGGCUGUGGAGCGAGGAGCCUCCAUCAGAGAUCAGCAGAUGUCCCAGAAGGCUACAUUAGAGUUUACGUUGGGAAAGACAUCCACUUGCAAUGUAAGUUUCAGAUGGAAGCUAAUUAUCUGAAUCAUCCUCUGUUUGAAGACCUACUUCGUGUCUCCCAGGAAGAGUUCGGCUACUCCUACGAUGGAGCACUCAGGAUUGCCUGCGACAUCCAGCUUUUCCACUACCUUAUGCACCUGCUUAAGACCAGUAAUCCCUCUGCUCAUUACAUGCAACUUCCUGAUCUCAUUUCAAGUUUUCAUAAGUCUACUCAACACCUUCUUUCUCAUCAUCCUACACAUUGAUGUGGGAUACAGACAUUAAUUAGUAGUUACUCUAAAUUCAUACAAUCCAAAUACUCAUGCAUGUAAAACUCCUCAAGGAGAUGCAUCCAAUCCAAACUGUCUGAAAAUAUAGCUCAAGGCUUUGUCUUUCCUCCUCUUUGACUUUUUGUACAUCUAAAAGCAUGAAAAAUGUAAAAAAUAAUUAAAAUAUAUCAGAAAAUUCUGUACCCA